UGAAUUUUUAGUUUGCUUAUUUGCUUUUAGCUUUUCAGUGUGAAUAUUUAGUUGUAAGUGUUUGGUAGAAAAUGAAUGCAAUAAUUGCUUUGUGCCAUUUUUGUGAAGCUCACGGUCCCGGUCAGCUGUUCUGCACGCAAACCCUGCGGGAGACCAACAUACACCAGCUGGACAUUCACUUCGAAAGCGAACGGAAGGGUUGCCCGGCAUGCAACUCGAUCGGAAACACAACCGGACUGGUGAGCACCGAUCCGGACAGUAAUGCGAACUUCGUCAGCAGUCAGGUACCGGUCAUUCCGGAGACGAUCGAAAUGGUUAAGAAAGCUGCCUUUCGUAGCAUUAGCAGCGAGGUGAGCUCGGCGUCGACGUCGACCAGUACGAGCGACGGUUGCGGGUUGGUGUUUUUUGGCGAUGCUCAACGAGGGCACGUGCUGAGUUGUUCCUUCCAGCUGGCCGAUUCUGAAUCCCGCGGAUUCAGUAAACUGUUUUCGAUCGUGAUUUUGAUGAAAGAUAAAAUGUUUCUGCUGAAUAUUCAACCGUUUUUGGCAGAUUGUUUCAACAAGAUCGCAAAAGAGCUGCAGGAUUACGCCAGGACGGUUUAUGACGAAAACAUUAAAGCACAGGGUUCACAAAGAGCGCAACGAAUAACCCAAGGCUAUGCAAAUAAUUCAACUACACGUUCCUUGGUAGAUUUGACCGGAAAGGAAUCGAUCUUUGCUUAUUUGCACGCCCAUUUUUCAUUUGUGCUGUGGGCUGGUGCAAGGUAUUUAACGGAAAGUAUAACUUUGGGCAGUCCAUCAGUGCCACCGUGGUUGGGAAGAGACACCGAGGAAGGUUUCACGAUGGUACAGACCGACAAGGAAGGUUAUCUGAUGCGCCGGAUGGGAUUUGGAAAAACCGAAGAUGAACAUGACCGCUUGGAUGAGCGAGUCAAAGCCAAAUACUCACUACGAAUGUUUCGGCAGGCACUGAAGGCAGACUUCAUUAAAGUAUGCUACUGUGUGCUGACGGGAAUUCAAAUUGUUAUUCGUUCCCCUCCAAUCAAGGGAGUUUGUUUGGUGAGAAAUCUGAAAAAGUUUCUACCGGAGCCACUGCACAAACUGGCUCGGUCACAUGCGGAAUCGUACAAGUCAGCAAACGAGUGUCGUAUCAUUAACCUGAGUCAGGAUGCCAUUGCACCGAAUCCGUCGGCUGGAAUAAUGAGGAUAGACCUGAUUGAUGAUCGAGAUCGUGAUACCGUCGUUGUUUGCGUAUGGGAAGGUGACCUACCGACAAGAUUACCAACGUUGCUCCAGAAAAUCCUAAAAGCUGUCGAUGAAACACUCUUCACCGAUCUUGUUCUGGACAAGCACCUGCAAGCGCUGAUCGAGGAGUGGAAAAACAAAGUGGUCUGCAUUCGCAAGAUGAGCUCCAACCAGGAUGUAGCCAAGAUCAAAAAGAUUAUGGGCAUACAAUCGCAGGACCAAGUGCUAAUCACCUACUGGUACAGUCACUUAUGACAACACAACACCGUGAUGUUCGUGGAAUUUUUCUGUAUUAUUAUUUCACUUAAAUACACAAAUAAUAGAAGGAAUUGGAUGUCGUUUCCUUUAUCAACUGUUAAAUGAUUUCCAUUUUGCCUUAGUUCUUGAAUCCACAGCUGCUGCGACGACCACGAGCCUUCUCGUACUUACGGCCCUUGGACUGGACGUACGGGCGGGUGUUCGAGUGUGGUACACCAGGAGCACGGCCAAAGUGAGUGAACGCCUCGCGGGCGGUACGUUCUCCCUGCAUUAGCACGGUGUUCUUUCCGGUCGGGGCAAUGAGCGCGAGCUGAUCGAAAGUGUAGAUCUUACCUCCCCACUUCAGGAUACGUUCGCGGGCCUUUUCCGUCACACGAAGCGCACAAACGCUCAUCUUCGGCACGUACAGCUUGCGGUCAUCGUUGGUCACAGUGCCGACUACAACGGCAAUCGAAUUUUCAU